AUGGGAACAUUUCUUGCAAAAUGCUGUAGAAAAGAGCAUGAAAAUAAUGAUGACGCGCUUAACAUUCUCGUGUUGGGGAUAGAGAAUUCUGGCAAGACUGAGAUAGCGUUUAAAAUUUGUCAUCAAAAGCGGGGUGACUAUGCCUCAACGAAAGGGUGCCGUUUGUUUGAAACUGUGAUUUCGGAUACGGAGAUUAAACUUAUCGAAAUUGGUGGGGGAUCAGAUCUUCGAGAUAUCUGGAAGUACUAUUUCUUGGAUGCCUUAGCAGUAAUUUUCGUAAUCGAUGCUUCCAACAUACACAACAUCUGUGAAUCUUACAAAAUAUUCCAAAACCUAAUGGCACACGAGUUUCUGGCCGGCAAACCGUUUCUUAUACUGGCCAACAAGCAGGACCUUCCCGAAUCGGUCGAUUGUAUCGAAAUCUGUGAGUAUCUGGACGUCGAGUAUCUGGCCAACCGCUACCGAUGUCCGUGCCUGGUAGAGGCGUGCGGCAAUUGGGGCAGCACAUCGUACGAAUCGAACGAAUACGAUGGGCUAACGUACGGCAUCCAAUGGCUUGUUGGUACGGUGCUGGCCCAUCGGCAGUUCAUUAUGAAUCGUAUCAACUUCCACAAAGCGAUGCUAGGGCGCGAUGGUACGGACGCAUCGCGUACCAUCAAAAGGCCACGCACGGGCAUAAAGUCUGGCAGUCGUCGCAAGCGUCGAGAUAGCCGCCCUAAAACAGCUCCCUCCAGCCAGCAGGCCUGGUUGAUGGAAAACGAUAACAAUUAUCUGAUUAAACGCAACAGCGUCAUUUCCGUGAAAAGUAUACCUACCAGCACAACCACGGAACGGACGAACAAUUCGAGUACUAAGGCAACUACUACUACUACCUCCGACAGUGGACUUUCGGUCGUUGAUGAGGGAGUCGAAGUUAGCCAGACCAGUAGCAGCACCGAACAUCAAACCGUUUUACACGUACGUAAGGAUGAGAUGACUUUGGAAGAUUUGUCCCUAUCCUUCUCCGUCAAUGAGGUCAACGGAAAAGCAGUAGAAAUGAUCGCAAAUUAG